AUGAACAGCACCCCAGGAGACAUGAGAGAUGCUCCUGCCCCCAGCCACCGGCAGUGUCUCCUGCCCUCUGUGGCGCACACUCCCUCUGUCACCGAGGUGACACCAGCUAAGAAGAUAACCUUCCUCAAGCGGGGGGAUUCCCGAUUUGCUGGGGUUCGCCUGGCUGUUCAUGAGCGCACUUUCAAGACCUUCAGCGCCCUCAUGGACGAGCUGUCUCAGCGCAUGCCUCUGUCCUUCGGUGUGCGCUCUGUCACCACACCCCGGGGCUUACAUGGCCUCAGUGCCCUGGAGCAGCUACAAGAUGGCGGCUGCUACAUCUGUUCUGAUAAGAAGCCCCUGAAAACUCCCAGAGAGCCAGGCCAGCUGCAAAGGAAAAGCCCCUCUGCUGGGCAGUCACGGGGUUUUGAAGGUGGGCAUGAAGCUCCAGAAACAGCCUCUUCCUGGAAGGGUCCAGUGGCCCCGAGGAGGCUGACACUGGUGAAGAAUGGGAAUCCUAGAUGCCAGCAGACAGUGGUUGUCAGUCACAAGGACACCAGGAACCUGAAGGCCUUCCUCAGCAAAGCCUCCGAGCUGCUGCGCUUCCCUGUGAAGCAGGUGUACACAGCCAGUGGGAAGAAGGUGGACUCUCUGCAGACACUCCUGGAUGGUCCCUCCCUGCUGGUGUGUGCUGGGAAUGAGGCCUUCAGACAACUGGAGACGGAAAAUGAUAAAAGGCACAGGACCAGAACCUUAUCUGGUGUGACUGCAAGGAGUGGACGGGGUUGCUGGGGACCAAACGCCAAGCAGAGCAUGAUGCACUCAAGGGCCAGGUCUGGCUGCAGGUUGCAGCAGUUUUCCUUGAUGUCAGAGAGAUCUGGUCUCAGUGGCCAUCCGGCAUCUGGUCAGCAAACCUGGGCAGGGCCUGCUUUGCACAAGCACCCUCGGGACACACCUGGCCCACCUGGCUCCUUGGUGGCUGCUGAUGACGUAGAGAAGAAGGUCUGCAUGAAUGAAGACGGCAGUCUGUCUGUGGAGAUGAAAGUCCGCUUCCAAAUUCUGCGCGAGGAUGCCCUGCGGUGCUCGCAGAGGGUGGGGCAGGCCAGUGUCUUCGCCCCAGCCAGUGGGGAGGGCCAGGUCCUGAGGGAGGCUGAUCCCUUCUGCUGCAAACAGGAGGGCCACCCUUGGGGGUUCUUUUCUCAUGGGGCCCAGGGCCUGGAUCCCUGUGAUGGAGGAUACCAGGGAGCCUUUGAUACGGACCAGCAAUCACAGCCCAACUAUGACAUUUGGAGGAACCCUCUGACCACCCCUGGGGGUGCAGGUUCAACUCAGAGGAGGAGGUGGGGCCUGUCUAAGCUCUCUGGACGCAGGAGCCACUGGAACCAGGGGGCCAGUGAUAAGAAAGGACAUAGCAACAAUAGUCCCGUCUCAGGUCCCAGGCACCCUAGAAGUGCCCAGCCAAGUUCCUCCUGUCCCUGGACUUCAGAAGGUGAGACAGACAGUGACACCUUGCAUCCAGUCUCCUCAACUUCUUCCCUAAGUGGGGCUGAGCUAGGAGCUGGUAAGGACCGCUGUCUAGAGGACACAGCAUCCUGUGGCUUGGGAUCUGAGACCCAAGUUAUAGAAAAAGCCCUUUCUGAUACAUCGGUCAGUGCUGAGUCUCAUGAGAUGUCUAGUGAGUGUUGUGAGCAGCACCACAGAGGCUCAGGCCAGGUGAGGGUCACGGUUUCCCAGGGGCAAGCCACCCAAGGUGACAGGCCCUGUGUUUCCACCCAGAGCCCCUCACCUUUGAGCCACAUGCACCUUCAGACAGAGAACUAUACCCAGAGUACCAGGUACCAGGAGGUUCGAGGUAAGCCUGAUCUGAGGCUGUCCUUGGUUCCAGACCAUUCUGCCACUCAGGACACACAGAGAUGCAUGCUCCCAGCUCCUGCCGGUGCCCCAGACCAAUGGAGGCAGAAAAAGCAUAAGAGGCCAGCUGGUAUUGUGUGCUUACCUGGUGCCUCUGUCCCUUACCAAAGGGCUCAGAAAGGCCAUGCCAGGCAGUGUCACUAUUGCAGGGACACUCAAUCCUCACUGGACACAGACUUGCAAAAGCAAAUGCCUGAGGAAGGAGAACAGGCCUACCCAGGAGGCCUAGCACCACGGUUUUCUCCUCACUCACCCAGUGCUGGGAAUCAGGCCUCCGGGGAUCUUAGAUCACCAUUCUCCAGUUCUCUUGACUUUCAAGACCCGCAAACCACCAGCAUAGCCACCAUCCUACCCACGAGUGACUCAGACUGUGCUUCCAGCUUUUGCCAUCCUAACACUCGCUCUGCAGAGCCAGCAGGGGACACCGAGUGCCCAGCUCACUCUCCAGCUUCCACACCUGUCCACAGCAGAGAGGUUGAUUGUCUGUGGGACAAGGCAGGGACCCACCCUGAGCCUUUUUCAUCCUCUGUUUUGCUAGACAGACAGCCUGAGGCAGAAGAUCCAAGAACCUACCAAGAUUGCUGUGGCUUACAGGUGGCAACAUACCCUGUCCUCACAGGCCCCAGUGGUCAAACACAGGCCCCCAUCUCUGAGGCCUACUGGGGGACCGGAAGCUUCUGCCCAACUCCCCCCCAGGAGCAAAGAUGUUCCAGAAAGGAUCCUACAAGUAGCAGUAGCCCCAGCAGUGACCAUGGUCAAGCUGAUGGUCAGGCAGAGCCCAGAAAGACUCUGAUGGGCAAGUCCCCUAGUAUCAGCCUUGAGGAACAGGAAGGAGAUGGUGGUGUGACACCCAGUGCACUACCCUACUCCUCUCCUGAUGCUGUGGUUCGUGAGUGGCUAGGCAACAUCCCAGAAAAUCCGGCACUCAUGACAUGUGAUAUGGAAGGUGAGACCACAAAGGUGGCCAGUGAUGGUCCAGAAAGUUCUGAGGAGGAACUUGUCGAUGGCUAUUCUCUGAAAGUCCUGAGGGAACUGGCUCAGGCUAGACAGCAACCCCUAGAAGGGGCCACUGAUGAGCAGCCAGAGACAGCAGGAGACCUCCCUGGGACUGGGUCUGUGUGCUGCAAACCAGAAAGUGAUCCCUGCCAUGAUGCAGCAUCAGGUGGAGGAGUGGAGGCCCCUGCAGAAGCUGGAAUAGGAGAAGGGAUCGCUGUGGACCAUGGUUUGAGCCCAUGUGCACUCCCCAGCAGGGUCUCAGCCUCCACACAGAUCAUGAAGGCCCUGCUGGGCUCCAAGCCAGGCCGGCCCAGCAGUCUCCCAGAGGUCUCCAGCACAGUAGCUCAGAGGCUCAGCUACUCUGCUGGGAGCCUCAUUGCCUGCCUGGCCAGGCUCCAUUUCUUUGAUGAGGAUCUGGGACCUCCGGGUGGCAAUGUGAGGCUUGAAGAAUCCCCCAAGUACAAGGAGAUUCUGAGCAUCUCCAAGGCCUUGUGGCCUGGAAGUGUGUUUGGGCAAGGCCAGCUGGACAUGGACAGUGGCCUCAGAAAGCUCACUUCCCACCAGGCUCUGCUGGGGACUGAGGACUUCACCCCCACCUCCUCCUCUGGUGUAGAUGUCAGCAGUGGCUCGGGAGGCUCAGGCGAGGGCAGCGUGCCCUGUGCCACGGCUCCAGAGAGGGCAGAUUUACCCUUGAAAAUCCCCUCCCCAAGACCCGAUUCCAGGAACCAGGGGUACCCAGAGGUACCGAGUCAUUCCACAGCCUCACCUGACCCCCAGGUGUGGGCUUGUGCCACCAGUGGGGAGGAGUCAAGUAAAAGUGGCAGGGAGCAGACGUGGGACACGGCUCCGGAACAAGCAGCGGAAAGCACAAUGCUGGAAGAGGAGGCACAAUCCCAAGAGACAGAAGGGAGGGUAAGAGAGAGGCUCCAGGAAGAUGGUGUCCAUGGGAAAGAGCUUCCAGAAGAAAGGGCUGGAGUCUGCAGUCAGGAAAUGCUCCAAGCUGGCUCUCGGGAUGGGGAGCGCUCACCGGAAAACACCAGAGCGUCAAAAGAUGAAGAAGGAGGAGAUGCUACCUCUGGAGGAUUAUGGCCCCCAGAUGGGAGAGCGGAACCCACAGAGUCCCCCCGCAGCUUCAGCGAGAGCAACUCAAAUGUUAGUGAGAGUCAAAGGGUUCGUGUGUCGGAGAUGGGGUUGGAAGAGAUGUCUGGAGCGGCUGCAACGGGCUGCAAGCAAGCCUGUAUCGAGGCCAGCUCGGGGACCAGGAAGACGAACACACCCACAGCCCACAGGGAAUCUCUGGACCCUGACCCAAUCUGGGUGUCCAAGCUGCUGAAAAAGAUAGAGAAAGACUUCAUGGCUCACCUGGCUGGUGCCACAGCAGAACUCCGAGCCCGAUGGAACCUUCCUGACGACAGUCUGCUGGACCAGAUGGUGACUGAGCUCGAGCAGGAUGUGGGCCGACGACUUCAAGAAAGCACUGUCAGGGAAGUGAGGAAGAUCCAGAGCCGGGUAGGGAGGAUGGUCCCAGAGCCACCCAGAGAAGCCCUCAGAGGCCAGACAUCUCUGCAAACAGAGCUGCGCAGGCGCCGUCUUCAGGGUUUGCGUAACUUCUCAGCCUUGCCUGGCCAGAGCGCCCUCUCCCUCAGCCUGGAGGAUGGGCCCAUUCUCAGUGCAGCCUUAGGGACCAGCCCAGGUGUGGGGGUCAUGAGGGAUGAGUUCUGUCCCUGUGAAGUCUGCCUGAAGAAGAAGAUGACCUUUCAAUUCCCAAAGGAUGCCACAGCAGCCUCCAGCGCACCGGUCAGAAAGGCCUUUGACCUACAGCAGAUUCUACAGAACAAGAAAGGAGGUAGGGACAGAGAGGCCAUGGAGCUGGCCCCUCAGAAGACAGGGACGGCUGUGCCUCAGGAGGACCUUGGAUCUGUCCAGGGAACUGUUGGGAAGCAGGAGCUGCUGUUGAGCGUGGGGCCUGGGGUAGAUGAGGGAGGGGAAGGGGAAGGGAGGCUGAGGACGAGAGAAGAGAAGGAUCCUGAGCUCCUCAAUGUAGAAGGAGCUGGUUGCCAUGGGACAGAAGAAGAUGCAGCCAUUGUGAGAGAAAGGGAACUCCAUGUCAGUGUUGCACGAGAAAGCCGACAGUUAGAGGAGGGUGGGACUGAAAAGGGAGAAGCCCUGUACCAGGGCUUUAGGGAUAGAGAGGCUUUGGAGGCUUUAGGAAGACAGGGUGAUGGUGGUCACUCUGUGGAUACUCAGGACACUUCAAGAGAAAGACAGCCAGAGAUAGAAGGAGGAAGUCAAGAUGAAAAGGAGAACAGUACUUGGGUUAGUUCCGGAGAGGGCCAGAGGAGGGUGGUUUCUGAAAACAACAGCCUAGACCAAGAGGGGAGGCUCCACAAGUGUCACAGAAGGCCAGGCCCCCAAUGCCACCAUGCGGCACUCUGCUCCCAGGCAUCAUCUUUGGGCAGCUGCUCACAGGUAUCUCAGAAGAGCUCAGAAGAAGACCUUUCAAGGGGAGAACUCAAGUGCACCAAAGACAAGCACAGCCAGGUCUCCCAUGCGGAGAGAAAAGUCACCAUGAUGUGCCCGGAAAGUUCUUCUGAACAAGAAGUCUCCUCCAGCCCAAGACCUCCAAAGCAGGGGGAAGGAGAAGAAGUCUGUCAUGCGGAAGAUGAAGGGACAGCUGGAAGUUUGGUUUGUAGUCAACUUGGGGGUAGGCCAGAUGGCUUUGGCCAGGACGAUUUAGAUUUCUAG